UUGAUUUCAGUUGAGCUAGACCAGUCUGUAAACACACACUGUACGAGACGGACUUAUACGAGCUUAAUUCUUCAUAAUUUUGCAAAUUGAGAUAAGUGGAAAUCAUUUUUCAAUAAACAUAUCAAAACGUUUUGUUCGGAGAGAUAAUCUUUGACACCAGCAAUGUUGACCUCGCUAAAGAUUUCGGUUGUGGUUGUAUUUGCAUUGACGGUGAAUGCUCAGAAAAAUUUUGGAAGCAACUGCAGAAAUGUAAACUGUGCAUCAUCGCAGCAAUGUCUGGGUCUUUAUGAACCGUGUAAGGCAGGUCUGGUUGAAGGCUCAACAUGUGGCUUCUAUGCAUCGUGUUUGGAUCUGGACGGAGAAGUUAAACAGUCUGAACGAGUCUCUAGUACGUCGAAUGUUGGCAAUGAUCAAAAAUCGACUGACGUUGUUUCAUCGAAUAAGACUAGCAGUAAUAGUGGGCAAUUGUAUCCAAAUUUACCACAACCAGAUCAACCGUCGGCUCCACAAGGUGGUUAUUAUCCGCAAAAUCCACAAGGAGGCUAUUAUCCACCGAAUCCUCAAGGAGGCUAUUAUCCACCGAAUCCUCAAGGAGGCUAUUAUCCACCAAACCCUCAAGGAGGCUACUAUCCACCGAAUCCUCAAGGAUAUCCAAAUAAUCCACCUCCACCUGCAUCAGAUACAUCUGGCAGUAAAAAGGAAGGUGAAUCUGGACUGGGCAGCUUUCUGAACUUUUUCAGCGGUGGCAAUCGUGGAUCUUCUGGAAGCUCUGGAGGUCCUGAUUUGGGUUCAUUGCUGAGCGUUCUGGGAAAAGGAAAUUCAAAUCCUUCGAGUAGUUCAGGUUCUGGUGGAAUCGAUUUUUCUGGUUUGUUGAGCGCUUUCACCGGUAGUGGAGGACGUGGAAGUAAUCAGAACACUAAUACUCGUAAUGAUUUUGAUAAUAGAAAUCCUACUGGUCAAGUAGGUCCAAAUCAACCUUAUAACGGUAAUGCUGGACCAAAUCAAAAUCCAAACCAAGCACAAGAUAGUGGUCCAAGUUUCUUACAAACAUUGGGAAAUUUCGCUUCAUCACCUCUUGGUCAACAGCUAUUAGUUAACGCAUUGCGAAGUAGAGAUACUGAGGACAACGCACAGCAAAAUCGUAGAUAUGGUGGCUUGUUCUCUGAAAAUACUAGCAGAACUACACAAAAUGGAUCGGAAGCCAGCUCGAAGGGUUAUCCAACUCAAGCGCCUUACACGCCCUAAAACAAUUUUGAUUCAUUAAGAGCAACAAUUUUAUGUUAAAAUGGAUUAUAGGAACUACAAUAAACUUGUAUGACAAACUA